AUGUCUCAACACCACACAAGCACUACUUACGUGAUCGAUGAUCAUACAACAUUGAACCAUGAUAGCCACGAACCUCCGAUAGAAGAAAACGACCUGGUCAACAAAAAGCAUUCAUUAGACAACCAAGACGAGUCGUUUUUGCCAUUUUGUAGUCUUUUCAAGAAAAGAAAAACCUACAAUUCCAACGAGACUUCCUUCUCGAACGACGUUUUAACACUUAUAUUUCUCUAUUUAGACGUUCCUGAUUUUGUGAAUUCGAAUCCAUGGCUCGUUUGCAAACAAUGGAAUCAACACUUUUUCAUCAAGGGUCUCAAAUUUGCAAAACUGUAUUAUCAUUCGUAUUUCAAGCUGAAUCAAGAUCAAAAGAGUAGUUUGCAUGGAAUGUUGAAAGAAUCUAAUCUCAGUUACAAGGAUGUAUUUUCUACAUUAUUAGACUGCUACAAUCGGAAUUUCACACAAAAACAGUACAAGUUGUUGAAACAAUAUGCACUCCAUGGAAAUAAGAACAUUUUGACAGAAAUGGAAAAAAAUUUGAAUUACGAACAAUAUGACAAAAAAUUUGGCAAGCAACGUUUAUCUGAACACCGUUCAUCCAUGAUUUCAAAAACAUUACCAGAAUUAAUACCAUACACUGACUUCCACUCAUGGUCCAAGGCCCAAGUUUUGAAAGAAAACCUUUUUAGACAUUCCAUUUUGUUGCAUCGGCGUGUUCAAGAGCAAAAAGGACAACUAUGCUCAUUAACAACAGUUACCACUGAAUACGUUUCCUUUUUAUCCAAUGGUUAUCCCAUUAAGGUUACCAUUGUCCAUAAUAUUGAGACGGUUGGGGAUCAGAUUUGUUAUCAAACCACCGUUCGUUUUAACGAUGAAAUGGCUUUCAUUUUUGGUUAUUCAAAGACCAAGAAUCCUGUGAUUGAUUAUUUUUCAUUGGAACGAAAUCCUUUGGAUAUUGUUGGACAUUCACAUGUUUUCAAAUAUCUCACAUUAGAGACACUUGAACCAAUUUCUACGGAUGUUUAUACCAAUAUUGUUUUGUAUUGGUUGGCAGAAUUUAUUGACAUACCUGAGAUCCAGACCAGGAAACGUUAUUUUUUCUCAUUUCUCCCAGCAAUAGACAGGAACAACAACAGCAGGAAUGGCUCGACGAUUUUUUCUUCCCCUUAA